CGGGCACCGGCUCGUCCCGUCCGCGCGACGUGUCAGGGCGAAGACCACACAGCAAGGAGCAGGCGAGGUCUGAGCGGCCGGUGCGAGCGAGGCCGAGGCGUUCCCGAUGGCGGCGCUGCUGCUGAGCCGGGCGCGGUGGCUCCUGGUGGAGCACCCAGCGGUGGCGUCCUUCCGCUGGCAGCCGGGCCGCACGCUCGGCGCGACCCCGUCCUUCGCGGCCGCCGUCAUCUGCGGCUACCUCGCCGCGGUGCUCGUCCUCCACCGCCUCGUCCUCCCGCGCCUCCCGCCACUCCCGCCGCGGGCGCUGCGCCUGGCCUCCGCGGCGCACAACACGGUCCUCCUCGCGCUCUCCGCCGCCAUGGCCGCCGGGUGCGCGCUCUCCACGGCGGCCACGGCGCCCGCGCCGCGGUGGGCGUGGCCGUUCUGCUUCCCCCCGGGCGGCGCCACGGAGGCGUCGGGCCCCGUCUUCUUCUGGGCGCACGUGUUCUACCUGUCCAAGGUGUACGAGCUCGGCGACACGCUGCUCAUCCUGCUCGGCCGCCGCCCGCUCACGCUGCUGCACGUCUACCACCACGCCGUCGUCAUCGCCAUGUGCUACCUCUGGCUCGCCACGCGCCAGUCCCUGAUGCCCAUCGCGCUCGUCACCAACGCCGGCGUGCACGUCGUCAUGUACUCCUACUACCUCUCCUGCAGCGUCGGCCUGCGCUGGCCGAGGCGGCUGAAGCGCGCCGUCACGGAGCUGCAGAUCGUGCAGUUCCUCUUCAGCUUCGCCGCCUCCGUCGUGAUGUUGUGGCUCCACUUCGCCGCCGGCGGGUGCGAGGGGAUGGCCGGGUGGGUGUUCAACGCCGUCUUCAACGCGUCGCUGCUGGCGCUCUUCCUCGACUUCCACGGCGCCGCCUACAAAGCCGCCAAGGGCGGCAGCAAGGGGAAAGCGGAAUGACGAGGCCACCGACAAGGGCUUAAUUUGCCGGAUCAACAAGGGCGGCAGCAAUUGCUCGUGAGAAUUCCGGGUUCUAGCAUUAUGCCUCUGUAAUGGCUCAUGCAUCAUUUCUGAUUUCAGUUUUGUGCUUUUGCGUUCCCAAAUUACAAUCAUGUUACAACAACCUUCUUGUGGGAAUUGGUGUAGGUGAAUCAGUUAUCUGAACAUCGUGAAAGGGAAAAGUAGAACCAUUUAUCUGAAGCUAGGAAAAAUGUCAUUUAGUAAUUGCAGCAUGGAAGUGUUCUCAGGUACCGAAGCUGUACCGUUGAUUCAA